ACUUCCAUUCUCGUGCGAUACCCCGUGUUUACGUAUAUACCAUGACGGUGAUGGCGCCGGAUUUUAUCGCCUCUGGUACAGCUUAGCAUAUCCUAGCAUGUCAACUAGUACAUCUUAGUAUAUCCUAGCAUAUCAACGCGUUUUACAUAGUACCUAUCUCCUACUACUAAUACUACCUACCUCGGUAUCUAGGCCAAUAUGGAACCACAAGUUCCCAAGUAUAAUAUGCGUCGAUGUCGACGCAUAUUCCCUUCCCUUAUCACCUAGACCCAUCUCCUAUUCGCCUACCUACUUGCCCGGUAGCUUUGCUGAAUGCAAAGCCCACGAUACUCUCGCCAUGGCAACCCACAUAAUUGGUAAUGGUGAGAAGACUAGCGAUGACUUGUCUGGGGGCGAAAAGACUGCACUUCAGACCGGCCCCGACGUUGAGGUCGCACACGGACACCUGACGGACCUUGAAGUCGAUAUCAGCGAUGUUCUUGCUCAUGACGAGGAGGAGGGUGACUGGGACGCCGACACGAGUCCUUUCCCAGGUGUGCGGGCUGUUGUGCCCGAGACUGAUGACCCUGGCCUACCCGUAAAUACCUUCCGGGCCUGGUUUCUUGGUAUUAUCCUUGUGUUCUUGGGAGCCGGCGUAAACCAAUUCUUCUCGCUACGAUAUCCAGGAGUCCACAUUGUAUCUCUCGUUGCGGAACUGUUGGCAUACCCGCUUGGCGUUGGCCUCGCCAGCAUCCUUCCCAUUGGCCGACUCAACCCCGACAGAAACUUCAACAUCAAGGAGCAUGCCCUCGUUACCAUCAUGAGCAACGUCUCCUUCGGGUUCGGCUCUGCUGACGCCACCAACAUCAUCCAAGCUGCUAGGUUCUACGGCUUUGACAUGCCGCCUGGCUUCUCUGUGCUGGUCGUCAUAUGCUGCCAGUUGUGCGGUUACGGUAUCGCCGGCCUUUCCCGAGCCGUGCUUGUUAAGCCUGCUAGCAUGAUCUGGCCCGGUGUGCUUGGAAAUGUGGCCUUGUUGAGUUCUAUCCAUUCUCGAAAGAAUGCCAUAGCCGAUGGGUGGAAGAUCACUCGUAUCAGAUUCUUUCUGCUCGUGGGGGCUAUCGCUUUCCUGUGGUAUUGGUUCCCAGGUUUGAUAUUCACCGGCUUGAGUUACUUCUCGUGGAUAUGCUGGAUUGCGCCGGACAACUUGGCCGUGAAUCAGGUCUUCGGCAUGGUCACGGGUCUGGGUCUAUUCCCGCUUACCUUCGACUGGGCCAUGGUGGCAUACAAUACGAAUCCGUUGCUGAGUCCUCAUUGGGCUGCCGCCAACGUCUUUGGCGGAUUCGCCAUUUUCUUUUGGAUCGUUACGCCUGCCAUCUACUACACCAACACGUGGUUCACGUCCUACCUGCCUCUAUGCACUGCCGACGUGUAUGACCGCUUUGGGCAACUCUACAACACAACAGCGAUCAUCACGAAUAAUCUAUUUGAUAAGGAGAAGUAUGAGGCAUACUCACCACCGUACCUGCCUGCAACAUUUGCUUUCGUAUACGGUCUAUCAUUCGCCUCGAUUACUAGCGUCUUAUCGCACGUUUACUUCUUCCACUGGGCCGAGAUAAUGCAGGCCGUUAGGGGGACUCUUAAGCUUGAUAUCCACGCGCGUCUUAUGAAGCCGUAUAAGAAUGUUCCCUGGUAUUGGUGGUCUAGCAUUAUACUCAUUGUGUUUGGAAUGAGUGUCGCUAUGACCGAGGUAUACCAUACGGGGCUACCCGUGUAUGGUAUCGUUCUCGCCUUCGUUAUCCCGGCCGUAUACAUGAUACCCUGCGGAAUGAUCCAGGGUGUGACGAACGUGAACGCCAACCAGAUCAAUGUUCUCUCUGAGUUCAUAGGUGGAUACAUGUUCCAGGGAAGGCCCAUGGCGAAUAUCUUAUUCAAGACCCUCUCGACGGAUGUGGUGGGCCAAGGAUUGUACUUCGCUGCUGACAUGAAGUUGGGACAUUACUUGAAGAUUCCCCCGCGCACCUUGUUCUUUGCACAAGGCCUGGCUACUGUAUUAGGUGCUCUUACUCAAGUUGGAGUGACAUUGUGGAUGUUGGGCAAUAUUCCCGGUGUUUGCGACUCGGAUCAACCCAAUGGCUUCAGCUGCCCUGUCGGCCGCACGGUGUACAGCAGUUCCGUCAUCUGGGGCUUAGUCGGCCCUGGCCGUCUCUACUCUGUUGGGAUGAUCUACAGCAAGCUUCUGCAUUUCUUCUGGAUCGGGCUCAUCCUUCCGCCGAUCACGUACUUUGCCUGGAAAUGGACCGGUAGCAAGUUUAUCCGCCAAAUCAACUGGCCCCUCAUCUUCGUUGGCACCUACAACGUGCCCCCGGCCACGGGUAUCAACUACAGCAGUUGGUACAUCGUCAACCUUAUCUUCAACAAGAUCAUCUACAAGAGGUUCUACGCCUGGUGGACCAAGUACAACUACGUCCUCGCGGCAGCGUUGGAUACGGGGCUCGCCAUCAGCGGCAUCGUCAUCUUCUUCGCUGUGACGUAUGGGCCGAACGUCCAAUUCCCCGACUGGUGGGGUAACACGGUGUGGCAAAAUACUGCAGAUGGGCAGGGCUUGCCAUGGCUACAGAUGCCGGAUGUGGGAUACUUUGGCCCGGCGAACGGGACUUGGACAUGAUGAGAGGAUAUGAUAUGAAUGGAAACGAGAGUGGGAGAUUUUAUGUGAAAAUAUAUACAUAUACCUACCUAUGUAUGAAAAUUUAUGUGCCUAGCUUGAUUUGUAGCAAUUAUUGGUUAUUCAACAG